CAACACACGAAGACUCGCUAUCGAAACACUCUUGUGGCACUCGCUGGGUCAGUUUUGAUUUACGAUAUGUCUACAACGUUAGAUCUUCCUCCCAAGGGUGGAUUCAGUUUUGAUCUAUGCCGAAGAAAUGAAAUGCUUGAACAGAAAGGCCUUAAGCCUCCAACCUUUUUGAAAACUGGCACCACCAUUGUCGGUUUAGUUUUCCAGGAUGGUGUCAUUCUUGGAGCUGAUACUAGGGCAACUGAAGGACCCAUUGUGGCUGAUAAAAACUGUGAGAAAAUUCAUUAUAUGGCACCCAAUAUAUAUUGCUGUGGAGCGGGUACUGCUGCUGAUACAGAGGCAGUAACGGAUAUGGUUAGCUCACAGCUGCAGUUACAUCGUUACCAUACCGGUAGAGAAUCAAGAGUUGUUACAGCACUGACUCUUCUUAAGAGACAUCUUUUCAAUUAUCAAGGUUAUGUCUCAGCUGCUUUAGUUCUUGGUGGGGUUGAUAUCACUGGACCUCACUUGCAUACUAUUUAUCCCCACGGCUCAACCGACACCCUCCCAUUUGCUACAAUGGGAUCAGGUUCACUUGCUGCAAUGUCUGUAUUUGAGUCCAAAUACAAGGAAAGCUUGAGUAGGGAUGAAGGUAUAAAGCUAGUUGUUGAGGCGAUAUGUGCUGGUAUAUUUAAUGACCUGGGAAGUGGGAGUAAUGUUGAUGUGUGUGUGAUUACUAAGGGACAUAAGGAAUAUCUGAGGAACCACCUUCUACCAAAUCCUCGCACCUUUGUCAAUCCAAAAGGCUUUACCUUCCCCAAAAAGACAGAGAUUCUCUUAACAAAGAUUACCCCUUUGAAGGAGAAGGUGGAAGUGAUUGAAGGAGACGCUAUGGAAGAGUAGCAAAUAAUCCAAAAAGUAAUUGGUGUUUUGAGUAAGAAACUUGAUUAGUGCGAUGAUUGUGAUAGUUAAUUAUUAUUGUGCAUUCAAUACUUCGGCUUUUGUUACCAAAAAAAUGUGUAUUUAAUUAGAUUGUUGCAAGUUAUUUCCUCAAAUUUCUUCAUUUGGUAGGUGACUUCAUCUCAUUUCUAGUUUUUGGCUAGAAAAUAUUUCACACCAAAUAGAGGAAAAUAAGCACUAUGUGUUGGAUAUACAAUUUGAUUGACGAAAGACGUUACAUGUUUUC